CCGAGCGGCUCUGCGGGUCGAGGCGGAGCGAUUCCACGCGCGAGGCCGGCGGUUCCAAUGGUCGCGUCCACCGGCCCUUAGGGACCGUCUCGAAAGAGCCGUCCCCGCCGGGGAGCGCAGAGGCCGGCGGCGGGCGGGGGGCAGGGACCUGGGCCCCGGACAACUGCUGACUAAUUCGCUGGCGGCGGAGGGAGGGUCACGUGCCCGCCCGGGAGCGAGCGGAAUGGGCCCCGGGCGCCCGGGCCUCGCGGGGAACCCGAGCCCCUAACCCGCAGCCGGGGGCCGCCCGGCCUCCGCGGGGAGGGGCGCUGCGCUGCGCUCCGCACACUCAGCCCCGAGACUGUCCUGGACCGCCGUCAGCCAAGCUAUGUGUGACAGAGGCCGCCCUGGCCUCCCUCUCGCCUCCUCGGUCCUGAUGCUGCUCAUGAGCUCUCUGUGGCUGGUGGGGGCCGGCCCCAGCCUGGCCCUGGCCCCCGAGCUGCUGCUGGACCCCUGGCAGGCACACCGGCUGCUGACCCACGCUCUGGGCCACACGGCCCUGCCCAGCCUGCUCCUGAGUCUGCUGCUGCUGCCCGUGCUGGGCUGGCGGCAGGAGUGCCGCCUGGGCACGCUGCGGUUCCUGCAUGCCUCCGCCCUCCUCGCCCUGGCUGCCGGGCUCAUGGCCGCGCUGCUGGCAGGCCUCGGGGUGUCCGCUGCAGCUGGCGGCUGCGGGUACAUGCCCGUCCACCUGGCCAUGCUGUCGGGGCAGGGGUCCCGCCCCAGAGGGCUCCAUGGGGCAGUGCCGCCGUGGCUGUUGCCGUGGUUGCUGCUUGCCCUGACUCCACUCCUCACCUCCGAGCCCCCUUUCCUGCAGCUCCUCUGCGGCCUCCUGGCUGGCCUGGCCUACGCAGCCGGGGCGUUCCAGUGGCUGGAGCCGUCGGAGCGAAGGCUGCAGGCGCUGCAGAGGGGCUUCCUGGGCAGAGCCCUGGGCGGCUGGCCACUCCGGCUCCUUCCCGCCCCGGGCAGCGUGGCCAAGCUGCCCGUCACCCUCCCUGGAGUGAGGCUUUCUACCCCUGGGCCUCCCUACCCUGCCUCGCCUGGUCCCCGGUCUCCCAGCCAAGGCUCAGCCCCACGCCCGCCGGGCCUGGGGCCCGUGCAGCCGAGCUGGGAGGGCUCCUCAGAGGCUGGCCUGGCCUGGCCCGGGCCCCGCUUCCCUCCCGGCUCCCCGCUGUGGGCAGCCCUGGAGGAGCAGAUGCUGCAGGAGGGAAUCCAGGCCUCGCUCCUUGAGGGGCCGACCCCGGUUCCCCAGAGCCCGCUCUGGCUGCCCAAGUCCUCCGUGUCCUCCCUCCGGCUGCAGCAGCUGGAACGCAUGGGCUUCCCCGUGGAGCAGGCCGUGGUGGCGCUCGCAGCCACGGGGCGCGUGGAGGGCGCCGUGUCGCUGCUGGUCAACGGGGAGGUGGGCGCCGAGGCCCUGGUGACUCCGGGGAGCUGUGGGCUCGCCCAUCCCGAGGGCCCUGGGCCCCCCUAGCCCAGGCCGGCCCUCGCCCGUGGAUGGCUGCACGGAGUUCCAGCCCCACGCACUGAGCACGUGGGCGCGGGAGGGCCCCUCGGCGCCGGGCACCGUGCAGAAUAAACACCGGUUCUUU